CAGGCGACCCGGAAGCUCUGAACUCUGAAACAGACAGAAAGAAUAUCAAGCUUUUGCUGUAAUAAAGCUGUGCUUGCGAGGGAAAUAAAUCAGCAAUCAGGAUACCAGGAUGGCAGAGCCUCGAUUUAAUAACCCUUAUUUCUGGCCUCCUCCUCCAUCUAUGCCCGGUCAGCUGGAUAACCUGGUUCUAAUCAACAAGAUCAAAGAGCAGCUGAUGGCAGAAAAGAUCAGGCCCCCGCACUUGCCACCCACCACUGUUCCCUCUCAGCAGACCCUGCUGGUAGCCUCUCAGCCCGCCGAAGCCGGUCAGCAUGUGAUGUCUCUCCCCAAGCUGCAGCAGGUGCCCGGUCUGCAGGGCCACAACUCGUCGCAGCCCGACAUUGCGCUGCACGCUCGGCCGGCCUCCAGCACUGUGUCAGACUUAAAUAUGGAUGACAAAACAGCUGUCAAAGCAAAAGGACUAUGGGAAGAUUGGCAUAUGCGUCAAGCUAUUGACCAAGCCAACAGAAUUAACCAGCGUUCAGGUCUAGCGCUAUCCUCUCGCACAGACACACCCCACAACACCUCAGAAGCCAUCACCCCAACAACACCGACCUCCAGCAGCCAGAAUAGACUGGGCGGAGCCCCCAGCCUCAACGUCAUUUCCGGAUUGGCAAGUGGUCCCGGCAUGGACCCAAUCAAGGGCGGAACCCUGGCGGGCAUGCUGGGGCCACCGCCGAAGACGCCGCGCGGGCGCAAGAAGAUCAAAGCGGAGAACACCUCAGGCCCUCUCCUCGUGGUGCCUUACCCAAUCCUGGCUUCGGGCACAGACCAGUCCUCUAUAAUUACUGCCAAAGAGGGAAAAACGUACAGGUGUAAAGUAUGUCCUCUCCAGUUCUUCACCAAGUCGGAGAUGCAGAUCCACUCGAAGUCCCACACAGAGGCCAAACCGCACAAGUGUCCUCACUGUUCCAAAUCCUUCGCCAACGCUUCCUACCUGGCCCAGCAUCUACGCAUUCACUUAGGGAUUAAGCCUUAUCACUGCUCCUAUUGUGAAAACUCCUUCCGCCAGCUCUCUCACCUCCAGCAACACACCAGAAUUCAUACUGGUGAUAGACCCUACAAGUGUGCACAUCCUGGAUGUGAGAAGGCCUUUACUCAGCUCUCUAACCUUCAGUCGCACCAGAGGCAACACAAUAAAGACAAGCCGUACAAAUGCCCAAACUGCUACCGUGCGUACUCAGACUCAGCCUCAUUACAGAUACACCUCUCCGCUCAUGCCAUCAAGAACGCUAAAGCCUACUGCUGCAGUAUGUGUGGUCGGGCAUACACCUCAGAGACCUACCUAAUGAAGCACAUGUCCAAACACACAGUCGUGGAACACCUUGUGAGCCACCACUCUCCCCAGAGAACUGAGUCUCCCAACAUUCCUAUACGCAUCUCCCUCAUCUGAGUCUACACUUCGCUCCCUCCCUCCCGGUUCCUCUGUCAUUCCUCUUUUUCACUUUGAUUCUUUUUUUCUUUGCCUUUUUUUUUUUGGGUUGCAAAGCAGUUUCCUCAGAAUGUGCCAGAUGAUAUUCCUGCUCUCUUGAGAAUAGAGCAGAGAGAGCAGCACUUUAGUCCUCAAAGGGCCUAGUGGCUGCUGCUGGGUAUGUUUGUUUGUUUGUUUUUCUUAAUUUGUUUGUUGGUGUGUAUUGUAGUCCUUAACCAAUUAAUAACAAUCCUGUAUUGCUUAUGGAGAGUAGAUGGACCUGCUGAUACAGUGUCUAUGACGAUCUACAGCUCUUGUGACUCUCUUGGAGGGGAACUGCAUCCCUAGAGCAGACAGCCAGAUACCAGUUUGUUGCUGUCACCUUAUAUUUGUUACCAAGGAUGUAUUAGGGAGAUGCCCAAAGAUAAUCUUUUAAAAAGCACUUUCAGGCCUUGUGGUUUCGGUUCAAGAUAGUGUACAGAUCUCUUUUUUUUUUUUUCAAUUCAAGAAUAAGGCAUUGCUUUAGGCAGCUAAAGGUUCCAAGACUAUCAUUUUAUUUAGCUGUUGUUGGUGUACUGUUCAUCUUAUUCGUUCCUUAUACUGACUCAAGCAUUCUCCUCAUUUUUUCAUGUUGUCUCUUUGUACAAAAAACAAAUAUUUGUAGGUCUCACAAAUAUCUCACUCAGAGAUUUCUUCCACUUUGUCUGGUGUUGAAUAACACUUAGGAUUACAUUUUUAAAGGUGCAAAUGCAAAGCUGAUCGAAAGCGGACCAUACAUAGUCAAUUGUAUUCAAAUAUGUAUUCAAUGGUCUGUCAAUCCUAUACAUGAGUGAGUGAUCCCUUAAAUACCAAUAUGGAAUUCAGUGAGCAAAUGUAAUUGAUGCCAUUUUUGUAAACUUUUUGAAGUAUUGGAAGUAGAUCAUAGUAGUCAUGCUGCGUUUGCACUUGUAAAAAUGACCUUUAGUGUAAGAAUGGAUGAGACAUUUGUUUAUGCUGUUCAGUUUGUGAACAUUGUUUUUUUUUUAAUGUUCUGAAUUUCUUGAAUCAAUAGCCAUUUUCCCACCGUGAGGCCAUUUUCUCCGUACUAAACUUUAGUUGUGAUAAUGGUUAAAUACUUUGCUGCUUAGAGAGGAGCAAUCCGAUUCUAUGUAAGACUUUUUUUAAAUUUUAUUUUGUAGAGUCCAUUGUCUUCACAUGGGUUCAUUCUAAUCCUCAUGUCCAAUGGCAGAUUUAGUUUUCUGCCCUCUCCUGUAUAACAGUUAUAGACUUUUAAGUCACUUGAUGCCAAAAAUAUAGUGAGUUUCUUUCUCACAGCUUUAUCAAGGAUAACAUGACCUUGUUAAAUAAUAACAAUCUAAAUUGCAUGAAAUGCGAGAAAAUGCCCUUAUGAAUGAUUUGUGAAUGUCCCCUUAUUGAGCACCUCCCCCGCUGUUCAUAAAAUGACUAUUGAUUCAG